GGAGGAGGAGGAGGAGGAGGAGGAGGAGAAGGUAGCUACAUCAAGCUGGGUGGCAGGCAGAUCCAAAGGGAUAUCAUGAAGUUUCCAGGACCUUUGGAAAACCAGAGAUUGUCUUUCCUAUUGGAAAGGGCAAUCUCCAGGGAAGCCCAGAUGUGGAAGGUCAAUGUGCCGAAAAUGCCUACAAAUCAGAACGUUUCUCCAUCCCAGAGAGAUGAAGUAAUUCAAUGGUUGGCCAAACUCAAAUACCAGUUCAACCUUUAUCCAGAAACAUUUGCUCUAGCAAGCAGUCUUUUGGACAGGUUUUUAGCUACAGUAAAAGCCCAUCCAAAAUAUUUGAAUUGUAUUGCAAUCAGCUGUUUUUUUCUAGCUGCUAAAACUGUUGAAGAAGAUGAGAAAAUUCCAGUACUAAAGGUAUUGGCGAGGGACAGUUUCUGUGGCUGUUCCACAUCUGAGAUUUUGAGAAUGGAGAGAAUUAUUCUGGAUAAGUUGAAUUGGGAUCUUCACACAGCCACACCAUUGGAUUUCCUUCACAUUAUGGACAGCUCCCAGUUGAUCCACUGUCGGGAGCUGGCAGCACAUCACCUUUCUGCUCUGCAGUCUUCCCUGCCUCUAAAUUCCGUUUAUGUCUACCGUCCCCUCAAGCACACCCUGGUGACCUGCGACAGAGGAGCGUUCAAAUUACAUCCCUCCUCUGUCGCAGGCCCAGAUUUCUCCAAGGACAACAGCAAGCCAGAAGUGCCAGUCAGAGGUACAACAGCCUUCUACCAUCAUCUCCCAGCUGCUGCUGGGUGCAAGCAUACCUCUGCUAAACGCAAAGUGGAGGAAAUGGAAGUGGAUGACUUCUACGAUGGGAUCAAGCGGCUCUACAAUGAAGAUAGUGCUUCAGAGAAUGUGGGUUCUGUGUGUAGCACUGACUUAUCAAGGCAAGAGGGGCGUGCUUCUCCCUGUCCACCUUUGCAGCCUGUCUCAGUCAUGUAGUAGUGUCAGGUGUUAACUCCUCGUGCACACUAAGGCUGACUGCUCGGAAGUGAGACUAGAAAACCAGGAAAGGCUGUAGAGAAGGGCUUGUGACUUUAUCAGACUGCGUGAAGUGAGCCAGGCAAAAAGAAAAACACCCUUUUCCUUUGUGCGGCUACUUACAAUUCAACAUUAUUUAAUAUAAAUGCAUAUAUUUAUAGACUCAAGAGCCAAGAUAUAUUUAAAAGAGUUCUUUGUAUUAUGUCAGUUCUACUUUUUUCUUCGUUAAAAUAAUAGUUUGCCCCAUGUCCAAAAAAAUGAAGUAAAAAUCAGUGUUUAGGGGGUAAAGUUGCAAAAUUGAUAGCUAGAAACCUUGUUCCCAGUGACCUCAUUUUUUUCUCUCGCUUUUUCUUGCCUCUCUGUUAGAUGCCUAAUAAGUUUUGUGCUUGUUGAUAUAUAUGUUCUGACUUUUUUUUUAAAAAGCAAUUCAGUAAGCAAGUUAUUUUUGUCUGGCAGCCAUCUUUAGUCCAUGGCUCAAGUUCAUUAGUUUGAAAUGGGCACUUUGAAGCAAGCUAUCCCCACGAAUCAGCGGUAAUAGAAAAAGUUCUCUUACUUUGUAUGUCUCAUUUCAGUUCUUAGUUUAAAAGCAAGAUUACUGUCCCUUUUAUUUUAAACCUUGAAAGUGAUAUGUAAUUAGGACAUUUGAGCAUUUUUGACAUUUGUUAUAAAGAAUUUCUUAUAAAGUUAAUAUAUCCGGGUGCUCACCGAAGAAACAUGUAUGUAACAUAUACUUGGGUUUUUGUAACUGAUCUGUUUUCGUUCAUUUACAAUCAGUAGGAGCAAUUGUCUAGAUACUGGGGCAACCUUGAUUUGAGUCUGUAACUUAUAAUUGAGUUCAGUACCCUGGCUUUUUAGUAAGUUAUUAGGACUUUCUUGGUAACAAGUUAUUCCCCAUGUUUUUCUCUGAGUGACUUCCGGACCCUGAGCUCCUUUUGCAGUCUGAAGAAGGCACUGCAGUCAGAACCAUGUUCUGGUGGUAAAGCCUCUGGUAGCAAUAAAAUGUUGUCCUUAA